GCGGCGGCAGGAGAGUGCGAGGGGCGGCGGCGGGCGCACCGCGCCGCGCCGCACUGCAGCCGAGUGCCGCCGGGCAGGGACCUGCCUCGGCUCCCGGCCGAGAGGCAGCAUGGAUUUGGAGAGUAAAGUGAAAAAGAUGGGUUUGGGCCAUGAGCAAGGAUUCGGUGCUCCCUGCUUAAAGUGCAAGGAUAAGUGUGAAGGAUUUGAGCUUCAUUUCUGGAGAAAAAUAUGUCGCAACUGCAAAUGUGGCCAGGAAGAGCAUGAUGUCCUCACAAGCAAUGAAGAAGACCGGAAAGUGGGGAAACUCUUUGAAGAUACGAAGUACACAACCCUUAUUGCAAAGCUGAAAAAUGAUGGCAUUCCCAUGUAUAAACGCAAUGUAAUGAUACUGACUAAUCCAGUGCCAGCCAAGAAGAAUAUAUCCAUCAAUACUGUCACUUACGAGUGGGCUCCUCCAGUUCAGAAUCAGACACUUGCUAGGCAGUAUAUGCAGAUGCUUCCAAAGGAGAAACAGCCUGUUGCUGGCUCAGAAGGCGCGCAGUACAGGAAGAAACAGCUGGCAAAGCAGCUGCCCGCUCAUGAUCAGGAUCCUUCAAAAUGCCACGAGCUAUCUCCCAGUGAAGUGAAGCAGAUGGAACAAUUUGUGAAGAAGUAUAAGCACGAGGCGCUCGGUGUAGGAGAUGUCAAGUUUCCUGGUGAGGUGGAAGCUAAUAAGAGUAACGUGAAUAAUGGUGACAGAGGCACCUCAGCUGCUGUAGGAGCAAUGGAGGGCAAGUCAGCAGAUCAGAAGGCAUCUCAGUAUUUCUGCUAUUGCUGCAAGCUGAACAUGAAAGAAGGUGACCCAGCUGUCUACGCAGAGCGUGCUGGGUACGACAAAUUGUGGCACCCAGCUUGCUUUGUCUGCUGCACUUGCGGUGAACUUCUAGUAGACAUGAUCUAUUUCUGGAAGAAUGGUAACCUGUACUGUGGAAGACAUUAUUGUGAUAGUGAAAAACCUCGCUGUGCUGGAUGUGAUGAGCUAAUAUUCAGCAAUGAAUAUACCCAAGCGGAAGGUCAAAACUGGCAUCUGAAGCACUUUUGCUGUUUUGAUUGUGAUUGUGUUUUGGCUGGGGAAAUCUAUGUAAUGGUGAAUGACAAGCCUGUCUGUAAACCAUGCUAUGUGAAGAACCACGCUGCGAUCUGCCAAGGCUGUCAUAAUGCUAUAGAUCCAGAAGUUCAACGUGUGACAUACAACAGCUUCAACUGGCACGCUACUGAGGAAUGCUUCCUGUGUUCCUGUUGCAGCAAGUGUCUGAUUGGCCAGAAGUUUAUGCCGAUAGAAGGAAUGGUCUUUUGCUCAGUGGAAUGUAAGAAAAAGAUGAUGUCUUAAGAGAAAGAAGACAUGCACAAAACUAAGUGUCGCUGUGUUCCAAAGUAUCUUGCAUUUCUACUGUAAAUUAUAUAGUACUGGGGCAUUUAAAGAUAUUGAAAGUAUCAAACAGCAUUUUCCCAAAGUGUUUCUUUUCUUUUUUUAAUGAGUAGGAAACAUGCUCUGUAAUCUUUAGUCCUUAGCUAUAAUAAUACUUCUUUGGGAUUUUUGUUCCUGGGUCUUUGUGCAAAAUUUUCCUAUCACAGGAAUGUAAGAAAAAUGUGUUACGAACUGCAUACAACUUGAGGGAGCUCUUCAUCAUGAAGGAUCUUUUUUUUAUGCCUUGUUUAAUGGAAGAAGAAAAGUGAAAUGCUCUUUUUAUUUCCUAUGUAGCUCUUACACUUUGACAAAUUAAUUUAUCAUUUUUAAUAAUCUCCCUGCUUUCAUCAAGCACUUUAAACAAAAUGAUCAACUUUACUGCCACAUGCGUUUUUGUUCACUAGACCUCAAGUGUACAAGGAGAACAAAGUGGUUUUUUGUUUGUUUUUUGUUUUUUUAAGUUGCCUGUAACUGCUUGCUCUUGCUUCCUCAUUGACACAAGAGGAAUAGAGACUAUUGAGGGCUAGUGAGUACUCUUAACAUCUAGUUUAUGGAGUACCUAGAAAAAAAAUCUUAGCUUAUAUUACUCCUUCUUCUUCUUCUUCUUCUUUUUUUUUUUUUUUUUUUUUUUUUUUGGCAACUUUUCUUGCCUAGAGGUGUGUUUGAUGUUUUCAUUUUAUAAAGAUUAAAGUUGCUCUCUUUUUUUUUUUCUUUUUUUUUUUUUUGGAGGGGGGAGGAAACUACAAGAAGAGGUCUUGCCCAAAUUAAGGAAAAAAAAUACGAUUUGCCUUGGGUUUCAUUUUUAUUCUUUCAGAACUGAUUUCUGGUUUUAUGAAUGUUUUUUGGUAAAUUGUGCCUUCUAUCAGAGGGAUGUGGCACAGAAUAGCAUAUGUAUUUCUGAGAAUGUCAUUUUGCAAAAGAUAGCCAAAGCAGAAGAGUCUUUCCCAUAAGAUCUCCAAUAUUUGAAUAAAAAGGAUUGCUAGCUGUAUACUAGCUUUCUAGCUUACUAGUGAAACCAAAUGAAUUGUUUCUUGUGGUUCCCUGUGGUAAGGAUUACAGUUCUACAAUGAAACUUUGUAACUCUCUCUCGGUGUUAAACAGCAAAUGGAGAGUCUUUGACCUCUGGGGGGUGGGAAGAGGGGUGGGGAGAAAAGACUAUGCAAGUUUUAUGUUCAGCUCUCUUUUUAAGCUUUAUGAUGCCUGUGUUGUAACACUUGAAAAUAAAAAUUAAUGUUGCUCA